AGUUGUCAUGGAAACAUAAACAAAAAGUGUCUAGAGUGGCUCGAAAAUAAGAGCAAAGGCAGGUUGAUCACAGAUCAGUAACAUUACUGGUUUGCAACAUGCAUGACGCCCAGUGUCCCAAAAAGACAGGCCUGCCGUCAGAAACCGUGAAGUGGCUGCAAAGCCUCCACAUGUCCUUUUAUCCGAGGAAUGUGCGCAGGGAUUUCUCCAGCGGGUACCUUAUGGCAGAGAUAUUUUCUCAUUAUUACCCCCAAGACUUCUCAAUGCAUUCAUACGACAAAGGAACAUCACUUUCUGCCAAGCAGUGGAACUGGAGCCAGAUACAGCGGUCCUUGCAGAAGCAGAAUUUGCACUUAAUGAAAGAAGCCAUUUAUGGAACAGUUCAUUGUAAACCAGGAGCAGCUGAGCUGUUGGUGCAGCAGGUUUACGGUAUUUUAACUAAUCAUAGUCCCAGUGAUGUUCAGGGUCAAGAGUUAGACUUCACCGACCAAGAGUACCAGAGCCUCCUACCCUCUCUGGCUCGCUCCACAGCGUCAAAAUCCAUCAAGAACAAUCUGACAAUCACAGAGAUCAUGGCCAAGCCUGACGUAAGCACAAAUCAGAUGAAGGCAGAAGUCAUCCUCUUCAAACACCUGGUGCACAAACGUGCAGAGAAGGUUCUCAAUCCUGAACGUUUUAAAGUGAAGUCCAAUCGAAGGCAGCUGACAGCCAAAUAUCUCUUACCAUCUAGCCAGGGUCAUGACAGCCCUGCAUUGGGAGUCACAACAUCAAAGCUGCACACUUUGUCAACAUGGAGUGGAGUUUCCUUUAAGGAGAUAACAGUGCAUCAGCCUGCCAGACACUCACAGGUUAACAAUUAAAGAAACCAAAUGCAUAACA